GAAUAUUAUUUUAGCAAGUUUAAAGUGAUUUCUUUUGUGCAUUAAACCAUUUACCAUUUCUGCGGUGCCCCCUCCUUCUCUUGAGUCCUAAGCAUGUGCUCAUUUUGCUUAAUGGUUAAUCCAGUGCUGAUGACAUCUCUGGCUAAUUGGUUGAGCUUUCAUACCUUAAAAAGAGAGUUGUAUUUGAAAGUGUGCUUAGAAACUGGAAUUAUAAGACAAUCUCUUCUUAGUGGGAGGGACCAUGAUGGAUGGAAUAAUUUGGUGAUGAGAUCCAUUGUAGUCUGACAUAGUCAAGAUAAAAGUUUGAGUAUCCAAAUCAUUUACUUCAAAACUCUAUAACUAAGUUCUCCAAUCAACUUUGCUCUUUUUACGCAGCUUGUCUGCUUAUUUCUCUAAACAAGCGUCAACAAAGUAGCAACAAGCAAGCAUAUAGGAAAUUGAAAAUAGCUAUAUUAUCAAUAUGCAGUGCAGGACCAAGUGGAUGAUCCUGUUGAUUUCCCAAGAUGUCUUGAAAUGACUGCUUGUGUGUCACAAUGUCAGUUGAUGAUAUAAAGAAAGAGUGUGAAACAGAAAAUCGUAAAAAAGAACGGGAAAGUUUGAUACAAGAAAUACUCGAUACUGAAACUAAUUAUGUCAGUGACCUAAAGUGUUGUGUUGAUAUAUUUUUAAAACCUUCUGAUGCAGACAAAUUCAAUUCUGAAGGAGUUACAAUUGACCAACUUUUCUUAAACUUUGAAAAAAUUUAUGAAACUUCUGAGAAAUUAUUAAAGCUUCUGAACAAACAUGUGAAAGGAUUUGAUUUUAACCAACAAAUUGUGGGUCAGUGUUUCCUGGAAGUGUCAAAGGAAUUAGAAAAUGUGUAUUCUUAUUAUUGUGUCAACAUCACUUCUGCCCUGGAAUAUGAAAGUGAGGUAGCACAGCAUCCUCUGAUUUUGGACAAAAUCAAGCAGUUAACUGAUCAUUACCAGAACACAACUCAAAUAAUUGCUCUAAAUUCAUUGCUAACAAAGCCUGUACAAAGAAUCACUAAAUAUCAUUUAUUACUUGAAUCUCUGCUAGCGGUUACUGAAGUGAGUCAUAUUGACUUCAGUGGACUGGACCAAGCCCACUCUUGCAUGAAGAAUGUUGCCAAUAAUGUGAAUGAGAGUAUACGAGCAAAAGAAAUUGUCACUAAAUAUCUUCGACCCAGUAAUGCUAGCUUCCGCAGUAAAAUUGCCAGUAUCUCUUCACAUGCAGUUGAGAAGAAACUUAGACGACUCAAAGGAGUUGUUGUUUCUAAAACAGGAUUAACACCCACAGUUGAAGAUGAGGAAUUUGAUUGUAAUCUGCAAAAAUUUAUUUCUGUUCAGAAAACUGUGUCUGAUUUAAAAAAGAACCUUGAAGAUUACCUCAAAGAAUUUGAGAAAUCAACAAUCACUUUCGAUGAAUUUGUUAAUCAUGUUGUUGAUUUAUAUGGAGACGCAGCAAGGAAUUCAUUUGUCUCUCAUUUACAAGAACUCAACAGGUCUUCUUGUUCUUUUUGUCAAUCAGUAGUAGAGAAGGUAACAACUUUGCUUCUUCGACCCUUAAUUGUGCUAAUUAAACUAUAUGAAGGACCAGAGGCUCUGAUAAAAAAACGGAAUGAUAAAUUAAUGGAGAUAUAUGGUAAUGAAUCUUUGGAGUUGGUGAAAAAAGAAUAUGAAUCCUUAAACUGUCAAUUGAUAAAGGGCUUGCCAGACCUGUGUAGAAUAUCAUCAGAAGUUGUCUUGGACAUUAUUGUAAACUUCAUACUACUUAAGAAUUACUAUCAAGAUCUCUGGUUUACAGAAUUGAAGAAAUUUAUUGAAUUUAUUGAAAUGAAGGAUGACAAGAAUCAAAAUGAACCCAGCAACUGGCAGAUAUUACUUAAUAUACCUGUGUUACCUUCUGAAACAUGCAGCUAUAUUUUUCCAAUAAAUACAAACAAAGCAACUAUACCAAAAACGGGUAUGAAUACUGAUAUUUUUCCAGUAACAGGUAAUAUUGAGCUGAAGCAGUCACUGAUGAUUGAUGAAGAUGAUGGUUUCUACUUUGCAAAAAUCCCUUAUGAUGCACAAGCUAACCAACCAGAAGUAUCUCUCUAUGAAGGACAGUUUGUUACAGUCAUUACAAAGAACGAUGGAUGUGGAAAUACUGAAUGGUGGAGAGUUGACAUAGGUGACAAUGUUGGAUACUGUCCAGCUGUCUGCUUGGAAAAAGCAACCAAUUUCAUGGAAACUGAAGAAAUACUUUUCGAAGAUAUUACCAAUGUACAGAUCCACAAAUGUCCAUAAUGUCCAAAUGUAUUACAAAUGUACAGGUCCACAAUGUCCGGGUAGAUGGGGAUUAACACAUGCUUUUAAAAUAAAAGAAUUUUAUUUAAUUAUAAUGUUAAUGAAUAAUAUUUUCAAAAUGAUUUUCAUCAUUUUCAAUGCAUAACUUGAUGCACCUUGCAAAAUUCAGGUGAACUCCAUUAAAUAAGUCUACAUAAGUCUACGUUGCCAUCAAUUUCAGCACACUGACUGGUAAUGCGUUCUCUCGUGUGGUUUAAAUCUGUAAUCUUUAUUGAGUAAACUUUCUCUUUCAACAUACCCCAGAAAAAAAAGUCAAGGGGAGGAAGGUAAACAAAAGUAAAAGAGGAAAAUUAUCAUUUCUUAUAUUUAAUUGUUUAUGUUAUGAUUUUAUUUACACCAUGUACCCAAACUUUGUAGACACCCUGUACAUACUUUCUAUCAUUAAUUGUAAAAUUGUAUUUAUACUAAUAAAAUUAUAAUUGUUUACA